UUAAUAUGUCUGACGGCCAUGGUUUUCUUUUCUGACAAAAUUUCAGAAAAAUAAGUUUUUCUUUGUUCUUCCUGAUUUAAUAUUAUUUCCUUCAGAUUGCAUGUAAUCGUAGUUUCCUGAGUUGGCGCAACAAUGGUUAAGAAAAAGAGACAAAGUGAUCCAGGCGAAAACGGAGACGAAUCCACCGAAUCUUGCGAUGAAAACGUCAAAUCCGCAUGUCCUCACGUUGCUAAGGCUGUAGAUCUAACACGUCUAAAAAAAUCCCUAAAAACGGGAGGAUUUGAAAAAGAAUGUUCAGAGUGUAAAAAAAAUGCCAAAAAUGAGGUGUCUGACCCUGAUUUUGAAGAAGACCUCACGCUGUGGAUGUGUCUUCGAUGUGGAACUCAGCUCUGUGGUCGAGCACGUAACAAGCACGCACUAAAUCAUUUCAAUACUCCUCACUCUGACUGCCAUGCUCUCACUACCAACACUACAACCUGGGAAAUUUAUUGCUACAAUUGUAAUAAUGAAGUCACCGCCUCUAGUUCUAAAAAACUUCAUGAAUGCAUAGAAUACCUAAAGAAGCAAGCAAUGAGUGCUGUAAGUCCUAAACCCUUGCCUCCUAUAGAAUUACCAUAUGAAAAUAAAUUGAAAAUGGACCUUGUACUGCCAGUAGACUCUUUAAUUAAUAAAACAGAUAAAGGUAAAGAAAAAGCGUCUGCUUUAAGUUUACCAAGAGUUAGAGGGCUAUCAAAUUUAGGAAACACAUGUUUUUUCAAUUCUGUGAUGCAAUGCUUAGCCCAAACACCUUAUCUUCUGCAAGUAUUACAAGAAAUGUCAACACCCGGGGAAAAGUUCACGUUACCAGGUGGAAACUUAAAGCUAAAGACAGAUGGUGACGAAGUAAAGGAAAUUGAUCUCCCCCCAAUUUCUGGACAAUUAGCUGAAUGGGGGACUCUUACAAAAACAUUAGCAGAAACUUUAACAGAGUUACAAUCAGGUGAAGGUGGAGUGUACACACCAAGAAAGCUCCUUAUGUUUCUUGUGAACAAGCUGCCUCAAUUUGGUGGGGGUGACCAACAUGAUGCCCACGAACUCCUCAGACAUUUGCUGGAGGCAGUCAGGUCGGAGGAUCUUCGCCGUUAUCAAUCAGUGAUUUUGAGUAGUUUAGGUAUGAGCUCUAAGGUGGACCCGGCCAAGGUGGACGGUGAAUUGAAGCAGAAGGUGAAGUUCUAUGGACAACAAGCGUCUGAUACCAUGCUGAGGCCUGAACAGGUGUUUCGUGGAUUCCUGGUGUCCACAUUGGAGUGUCAGGAGUGCUUGCACCAGUCGGACCGCGUGGAGUACUUCCUGGAUCUGUCGCUGCCGGUCGCCGCCUGUCGGCCGCAACCGCCCGCGCUCCUCCGAAGGAAGACGCCCAAUGAGGAUAAUUUGUACAAUACACAAGACGAGAACAAACCUUCAAAGCAUCAGCUGAAGAAGGAGAGAAACGCCGCGAGGAAGGCGGCCCGCAAGAACAAAGGGAAUUCGACUUCGAAAGAUGAGAACUCGACGGCGGAGGCGAACGGCACCGCGAAGGAGGACGGCAAGUCUUCGUCGGAGUCGGACGCGGACGUGGAGGACAACCUGGAGGACGCGCCCAAACACAAGGACACGGCGACCGUCGGCACGCAGGCCCUCGCCCACACCGCCGCCAACUUCGCCGCCUACCACAUGGAGUCCGGCUACAACUCCGAGAAGGUGAUCAGCUCCGACUCCAUCCGCACCAGCCCCGUGCCCCUCGACAAGGAGAAGGCGGACGCGACGCCCGAGCGCGCCGACAAGGACGAGGCCGAGUUCACCGCCGCCGCCAUCCCGCUCGACUACAGGCCGCUCGUCGCCCUCGGGAACCUCUCCAACCCCGACUCGGGCGUCGCCAGCCCGGAGGCCACCAAGCACGACUCCACCGAGACCGUCGACGACGUCGACUCGCCCGUCAACGGCAAGGACCCGGGCAGCCCCGGCUCGCUGUCCAGCGAGAUCAACCUCGACCUGUCGAGCCCGCGCGCCGGCGAGCCCUCGCCGGAAAAGGAGUUCGAGCCGAACGGGACCCGCGCGGACGCCGAGCGGCCGCCGUCCAGGAGGGCGUUCGGGCCCGAGUACUCGAACGAGGUGGUCGCGCGCGGCAUCAGCGUGCGCGGCUCCCGGACCCUGUUCGAGAAGAGCGCGGCCGACGCCCCCCCCGACGCGCUCGACGCCUCCUACCGGGAGCUGAGGCUCGGCGGCGACGACUCCGAGCCCGGGAAGCCGCCGACGCCCCCGCCCGUGCCCCGGCCCAAGCCCGCGGGGGGCCCCGCGCCCCUGCAGCUGCCGCGCACCGCUCCCCCCGCCUCGCCGCGGUACGUGUGCGACGAGGACGAGUGCAGCGUGCAGUCCUGCCUCAGCCAGUUCACCGCGCUCGAGCUGCUCACCGGCAACAACAAGGUCAGCUGCGAGACCUGCACCGAGCGGCUGAACGGCAAGGGCGGCAAGACGGUGUACACGAACGCGACCAAGCGGUUCCUCGUGUCGAGCCCGCCGGCGAUCCUGAUCCUGCACCUGAAGAGGUUCCAGAUCGGGCCGCGGUGCAUGUUCAGGAAGAUGUCGAAGCACGUCGACUUCCCGACGGUGCUCGACCUGGCGCCGUUCUGCGCGAUGGACAAGCUGAAGAAGCUGCCGAACGUGUCGCGCGGGCAGACGGAGCUGCUUUACUCGCUGUACGGCGUGGUGGAGCACUCGGGCGGCAUGCACGGCGGCCACUACGUCGCGUACGUGAAGGUGCGCGCGCCCGUGCGGACCGGCGACGCGCGCUGGUGGUUCCUGCCGCGGGGGGCCAACACGGGGGCCGCGCGCCCCGCCGCCGCGCCCGCCCACGCGCGCCCCGCCCCCGACUCGGAGUCCGACCUGUCCGGGUACGAGUCGGGCGAGGGCCCCGCGUGCGCGCCGCGCCCGCCGCCCGGCACCUGGUACUACGUGUCCGACAGCAUGGUCUCCGAGGUCACCGAGGAGAAGGUGCUCCGCGCCCAGGCCUACCUCCUCUUCUACGAGCGAAUUUUAUAAGCGCCCGGCGAUCGUAGUUUCGCGUCGAAGCGGCGCUUCAGGGGAAGACUGACGCCCCGGGGCGCCGUGUGUAGAUCGGAUCGAUCGCUCCGCUCUCUCCUCGUUAGUUUUCUCGUUGCCCCGAGGGAAUUGGAAACGUGUCCGUGGAAUGACAUACAUUUUGGAAUUCACCGUUGUCCCGUGUCUCCCCGUGUGAAUGAAUAUGAUGCUUGAUGAAUUUUAUUUAAUUAUAUUUAUCGUUUGCCCGCGCCCGCGCCGCCCGUUUCUCUUAGACCCGUGGGACGCGACCGUAUCUGAACUGUCGAGACGUCCGUGGAUAUUCGUAAAUUUCAGUAAACGCUUAAAUACUUUUUUUAUAAAUGAUGCUUUGAAAGAGAUCCAUUCAAUGCAAAUGACAAUUUUUACAGAAUAUUUUGCAAAAAUCAGUGAAUCGUGUUCUUUAAUAUUCCUAAAAAACCAGAAGUGAAGUUCUACGCCAGGGACGAUUUCCCCUGAGA